AUGGUUAUUUCGGGUGGGAAUACUACGCCAAUGUUAACUGUGAUGCGGAGAAUUGACUUGUUUUGUAAAGCAGUUGCUCCGGUUGCCGUUGGAGUAUUGGCUUUUGUUGGUUCUCAAUCAUCAGCAAUUAUUAUGGUAUACACUGCAACGCCAGAAUUAGCACUACCCCGAGAGUCUAAUCAAGCGGACGGGCCUUUGCCCGAGACGGAAAAUGUGUCUUUUAGGGAUUAUACUCGACAUAAAAUUUUCCUAGCUAGUUUAUCCCUAGCUCUCUUGUAUCUUACUGUUCUUUCCUUUGGUGGGGUCAUGAUUUCUUAUCUGAAAUUAGUUGAUUAUCCAGAUUAUUUGUUAGGUAUUAUGAGAGCAGUAGCAGCUGGUAUGGGGAUUUUAGCGACCUAUUUAAUGCCAAUUUUGUCAAGAAGAAUUGGUGUUGUUCGCACUGGAUUAUGGUCUUUAUGGUCUGAAACUUUGGCUUUAAUUCCAGUAGUUUUAGCCAUAGCUUUGACCGGAACGCUUAGCAAAGGAACCAGUUCAGCUUUAUUAUUUGGGGGAAUGGCUUUGAAACACGGGCAUUUAUUUCAUAAGGAGAAACUAAAAGAUAUUCCGAGCAAAAGCAGUAAAAAAGUAUCUACAUUUUUUCUCGAUUUAACCAACAGAAAUAAAAAAGGGACCACCCAAAUAGAGGAAGUUCCUGACACUCCAUUAGAAACAAUUGCUAGCACUUCAUCAGAGCCAGUAGCAGAGGAAAUAACUCAAAACUUAGGAGAAACUUCUCGGCAAAUACCAGCGGAGGAGGAAAUAAUAGAAGAAGAAAUCACUGCCUCGGUCCAGCAAGAUGACUAUUCUCAUUAA